AGGACAGCCUGGGGCCCAGUUGUGGGCCAAACAACCAGGAUUUGUGUGACGAGGCGAAGAAGGCACAGCUGGAAGACUACAUGAACAUGCCAAUCGGCGACUUGAGGAGACGCAUUGAGGAGGAAGAGGCUUUAAGUGCCAAGGCGGAUGAGGAGUUGGCAGAGCUACUGAAGAAGCUGCAAGCGCAGUAUGAGGAGGGUCAAAAGGCGCGAGACCAAAAGCAGAAGGAGAUCAAAGAUGCUGGGCUCAAACUCAUGAAGACCGUCCAGGCUCACCGGAAGCACUUGCAGAAUGAACUUUGACGGCUGAGCCCACAAGCAACGAGGGUGUCCGAGACAUGCGUGCUUAGACCAAGACCUCCAUGGCUUCUAGAGUUCAUCAAUCCCAGUUGCUGGUGCAGGGUUGCAUAGGAUUGCAUCCUUCUACUCUGGGUGGGUGUUGGCUGUUUCCAGAUCUCGGUCGACCAGGGAACUGCUUGGAAAAGGCUCAUUUUGGCAGGACUGGUGACUGGUUGGCUGGACUCUUGACAUACCACGGAACCUGGGCGCAUCCUUUUUGAGUGGUCAUGGUUUGAGUGGGGUGUCUGGAUUUCUGGAAUGUCAGCCUGGACCUGAAGCAGUAGUUUGCUUUGCUGAGUGAGCUGAGUGAGCAGGGAGUAGCAUCAGCUUUGUGCUCAAAACAGUUCCAGG